AGGUAAUUCAAACAAUUACAGCAAUAAAAAAAAGAUUUUUAGAAAAUGUUAAUUUUAAAAUAGGGUUAUGAGAAACAAAAUACCAUAUUUUAUUAAUUGUUUCUCCUCAAAUAUUGACUCUUGACUGCUGAGGUAAACUGAAAAAUUUCUUUUGUUUUUGCUUAUGGAGAGGUGAUUAUGCUAAAGCACAAGAUUCAACAUACAUAAAAUAUCUCUAUCCAUAGUAUAUUUUAACUGAGGUGUUAGUUGUGUUAUGCACUGUCUUUCAAUAAUACUUGAUCCAAAAUUUCAGAUCCUUCCUACAAAAAGGGGAGAAGUUAAAGAAAGRACUAAUAUUCCAUUAUCAAUUUAUCUGGGAAUGAGACUUUUAAUUUUAAACAAGAACUUUUUUUAUUUACAUGGUAAGUGUUACUUCAGUUCUAUCACUCAGUGGUGCUUGAUAUCAGGUACUGUCUACUGUCAUAUGAACUUGAGUUUAACUGCAUUGUCUUUGCAUUGUAUCCUUUCUUUUAGCAGCAGCAGACAUGYUGGAAGUGGCCAGGGGUGGAUUAAGGGUGGAGACCUAACUGCGAGCCUUGGUGAGUGAYAACAAAAGGGUUUCACAACUGUGACCUUGGCCUUGUCUUGUCUCUUUGCAGACAACAGCUGCAGCUCUUUAUUCUUCAUCUCGGAUUGUAUUUUAUAUCCUAUCCCUGGACAGGCUAUUGUUGAACCGUGGAUCUUGAAAUGUCUGAGUUGAAGCUGUGCUUGUAUGGUGGGCUUAGGUUAGGUUUGAGCACACAGAUAGAGCAAUUUAACUUCUUACAAUAGAAACUAAGUACUCUGAUGACUAUAUUAUUUAAUUUUUGGAAAUGGGUGGCCAGUUACUACAACAUCCUUCAAGGUUUUGCCAGUCACGGAGUUAAGCCAUCAUAUAAAAAAGCUUUGAUAAAAAUUAUGUCAUUAAAAGUUCAAUAUCCUUAAAAAUGUGUUUGAUAUGAAGAAGCUAAAACUCAUUGGAAAAGAUGAGAAUGAUUUGAUUGACAGCGGUCUGUCCCUGCCCCCUACCUCCUGCCUUCCCCUUUCUUUGUCAUGUCCACUCUGGUGUUUCAGUCGUUUGUUCAAGGUGAGAGCAACAAAUAGCAGCAGUGGGCUCGGCCCAAUUUGGACAAUGCUUUUUGUGACGAACCCACUGGAUGCCAUUUCUCUGAUAUUCAUACCCAUAUUUGGGUGACUUACAGUCUUUAUUAAAGAGGAGGAAGCCUGGUGGGCACUGGAUCCAUCACUUCACUUCACAAGGUUGAGUGUAAAACAGUCCACUCAGCAAGUAUUCAGGUUUGGAUUGAAAACAACUCAGUUGAAUCAUGGGUGAUGCCGCCAUGGCAGAGUUUGGGGCUGCUGCUUCUUUUCUGAGAAAAUCGGACAAGGAGCGCUUAGAGGCCCAGACUCGUCCCUUUGACAUGAAGAAAGAAUGUUUUGUACCGGACCCUGAAGUUGAGUAUGUGAAAGCAUCUGUCACAACACGUGAUGGCGACAAAGUCACUGUCCAGACUGAAUUUGGAAAGACCGUCACUGUGAAGGAGUGUGAUGUGCACCCUCAGAACCCRCCUAAGUUUGAUAAAAUUGAAGACAUGGCCAUGUUCACCUUCCUUCAUGAGCCAGCUGUGCUGUUUAACCUCAAAGAGCGUUACGCAGCAUGGAUGAUCUAUACCUACUCUGGGCUGUUCUGUGUGACUGUCAACCCCUACAAGUGGCUGCCGGUCUACAACCAGGAGGUGGUCAUCGCCUACAGAGGAAAGAAGAGGAGUGAAGCUCCUCCUCACAUCUUCUCCAUCUCUGAUAAUGCCUACCAGUACAUGCUGGCAGACAGAGAAAACCAGUCAAUCCUCAUCACUGGAGAAUCUGGAGCUGGAAAGACUGUCAACACCAAACGAGUCAUUCAGUACUUUGCCAGCAUUGCUGCUGUCCCCAGUGGGAAGAAAGAUGCUGCUGCGGAAAAGAAGGGCACCCUGGAGGAUCAAAUCAUUCAGGCUAACCCUGCUCUGGAGGCCUUUGGUAAUGCCAAGACCAUCAGGAACGACAACUCGUCCAGAUUUGGUAAAUUCAUCAGAAUUCACUUUGACAACAGAGGAAAGCUGGCMUCUGCUGACAUUGAGACCUACCUUCUGGAAAAAUCACGAGUGACCUACCAGCUCAAAGCUGAGAGGGACUACCAUAUUUUCUAUCAGAUCUUGUCUCAAGUGAAGCCUGAACUACUUGAGAUGCUGCUCAUCACCAACAACCCCUAUGACUACGCCUUCAUCUCCCAAGGAGAGACAACUGUAGCCUCCAUCAACGACUCUGAAGAGCUGCUGGCCACUGAUGAUGCCUUUGAUGUGCUKGGCUUCACUCAAGAAGAGAAGAACAGUAUUUACAAAAUGACUGGUGCCAUCAUGCAUUUUGGUAACAUGAAGUUUAAGCAGAAGCAGAGAGAGGAGCAGGCAGAGGCCGAUGGAACAGAAGAUGCUGACAAAGUCGCCUAUCUAAUGGGCCUGAACUCUGCUGACCUCAUCAAAGGUCUUUGUCACCCAAGAGUCAAAGUAGGAAAUGAGUGGGUCACCAAGGGACAAAAUGUCGCUCAGGUGUACUAUGCUAUCGGUGCGCUGGCUAAGGCAGUGUAUGAGAAAAUGUUUCUGUGGAUGGUGGUGAGGAUCAAUCAGUCAUUGGACACAAAGCAGCCGCGCCAGUACUUCAUUGGAGCCAACACUGAGGUGGCUCAGUGGAGAACCAAGUAUGAAACUGAUGCCAUCCAGAGGACCGAGGAACUGGAAGAAGCAAAAAAGAAGCUGGCUCAACGUCUGCAGGAGGCUGAGGAGGCUGUUGAAGCAGUGAAUGCUAAAUGUUCCUCUCUGGAGAAGACCAAACACAGACUGCAGAAUGAGAUUGAAGAUCUCAUGGUGGACGUGGAGAGGUCUAAUGCUGCUGCUGCUGCUCUGGACAAGAAGCAAAGAAACUUUGACAAGGUCCUGGCAGAGUGGAAACAGAAGUACGAAGAGUCUCAGUCAGAGUUGGAGAGCUCCCAGAAGGAAGCCCGCUCUCUGAGCACGGAGCUCUUCAAACUCAAAAACUCCUAUGAAGAGUCUCUUGAACAUCUGGAGACCAUGAAGAGGGAGAACAAAAACCUUCAAGAGGAAAUUGCUGACCUGACUGAACAAAUUGGUGAGGGUGGAAAGAACAUUCAUGAGCUUGAGAAGAUUCGAAAGCAGCUGGAACAAGAAAAGAGUGAGAUACAGACCGCUCUGGAGGAAGCUGAGGCUUCACUGGAGCAUGAGGAAGGGAAGAUUCUCAGAGUCCAGCUUGAACUGAACCAAAUAAAGGCUGAAUUUGAGCGUAAGCUGUCUGAGAGAGACGAGGAAAUGGAGCAAGCAAAGAGAAACCAGCAGCGAGUCGUGGACACCCUGCAGAGUUCUCUUGAGGCUGAAACUCGCAGCAGGAAUGAAGCCCUCCGCCUGAAAAAGAAGAUGGAGGGAGACCUGAACGAGAUGGAGAUCCAGCUGAGCCAAGCCAACAGGCAGGCAGCUGAGGCUCAGAAACAACUCAAAGCUGUUCAUGCACAUCUAAAGGUUUGCAUAAAGUUUACAUUUUUAAUUUAUCUAGUAGAGUCAAUCUUUGAGUGUGACACAUCUUUCAUUAGCUAUUUGUUUUUAUUAAAGCCAGACUAUUGUGUGUGCAAGCUUUYCUUGGUCUGUUCAACUGAAUAAAAGUUGUGAAAGCUA